AUGGCUUUGCUUGUCGAGAAAACUACAAGCGGUCGUGAGUACAAGGUCAAGGACAUGUCUCAGGCCGACUUCGGCCGUCUCGAAAUCGAACUGGCCGAAGUUGAAAUGCCUGGAUUGAUGUCCUGCCGUACUGAAUUCGGCCCCUCACAGCCAUUCAAGGGAGCCAGGAUCACUGGCUCUCUUCACAUGACCAUCCAAACUGCUGUUUUGAUUGAAACUUUAACUGCUUUAGGUGCUGAGGUUCGUUGGUGUUCUUGCAAUAUCUUCUCCACCCAAGAUCAUGCCGCUGCAGCUAUUGCCCGUGAUUCGGCUGCUGUGUUUGCCUGGAAAGGGGAGACCCUCCAGGAGUACUGGUGGUGCACUGAGAGAGCUCUUGACUGGGGCCCAGGUGGUGGUCCUGAUUUGAUUGUCGAUGAUGGUGGCGAUGCUACUCUCUUGAUUCACGAGGGUGUGAAGGCUGAGGAGGUGUAUGAGAAGACUGGUGUUUUGCCAGAUCCAGCUUCGACUGAUAAUGCAGAGUUUCAGAUUGUUUUGACAAUUAUUAGAGAUGGGUUGAAGACUGAUCCCAAGAGGUAUCGCAAAAUGAAGGAAAGACUGGUUGGUGUUUCGGAAGAAACUACAACGGGUGUUAAGAGAUUGUAUCAAAUGCAGGCUAAUGGGACUUUGCUCUUCCCUGCUAUUAAUGUCAAUGACUCUGUCACCAAGAGCAAGUUUGAUAACUUGUAUGGAUGUCGCCACUCUCUCCCUGAUGGUUUGAUGAGAGCAACUGAUGUCAUGAUUGCCGGCAAGGUUGCUGUCGUCUGUGGUUAUGGUGACGUCGGUAAGGGCUGUGCUGCUGCCAUGAAACAAGCUGGAGCUCGUGUGAUUGUCACUGAGAUCGAUCCCAUUUGCGCCCUUCAGGCUCUUAUGGAGGGUCUCCAGGUCUUGACCCUUGACGAUAUUGUGUCCGAGGGUGAUAUCUUUGUCACCACCACCGGUAACAAGGACAUCAUCAUGGUUGACCAAAUGAGGAAGAUGAAGAACAAUGCCAUUGUCUGCAACAUUGGUCACUUUGAUAAUGAAAUUGACAUGCUUGGACUUGAGACCUUCCCUGGUGUGAAGCGCAUCACCAUCAAGCCCCAAACUGAUAGGUGGGUCUUCCCCGAUACCAACUCAGGCAUCAUUGUCCUGGCUGAGGGGCGUCUCAUGAACUUGGGUUGUGCCACUGGUCACCCCAGCUUUGUGAUGUCCUGCUCAUUCACCAACCAGGUGAUUGCUCAGCUUGAGCUGUGGAACGAGAAGGCAUCUGGCAAGUACGAGAAGAAGGUCUAUGUCUUGCCCAAGCACCUUGAUGAGAAGGUUGCUGCCCUUCACCUUGGCAAGCUUGGAGCUAAGCUCACCAAGCUCUCCAAGGACCAGGCUGACUACAUCAGCGUGCCAAUCGAUGGUCCUUACAAGCCUGCUCACUACAGAAUUUGUGUUUUGGUGGGGGAAGAGUUGGGAAGAAAAGGAAGGAAUCGGUCUCGCUUGAAGACCACAUGGGAUGAUUUAAUAAGGACACCGAAAACAAAACAUGCUGUGGAAACUGGCAAAGGUUCGAGGAAAUUCUUUAAUCGUCUUUUAAUAAUGCCCAUAGCCUGUUCCUGCCAUGGGCACAGAAAUGAGAAAGUAAUGACGAAGCCUCCUCUUGAAGGUGGCCGUGAUCGAUCAUUGCAGCAAGGAUACAGAGUCACUACUCACAAACAAACACUCCAAGAGAAUAUUCAUGCCGGAAAAGCAUCAAAAGUUAUUGCCAAAGUUAAGUCAGAAACAGAUUAG